CUUCCAACUCAACUCUCACCCUAUACCAUCUUUCGCUCUUCCAUCGCCGCAGUGAGAGCGCCCUUCUGACCAGCUCUUCACCUUCGCCUGCGCUGCCGGGAUGUUCAAGCGCCCGCCGCAGACCAAGCCCGCAACGCCCCUUCGAUCCUCUACCCGGCGGCACCUCCUCUCCCACCUCCUCUCCCUCUACCCUGUCCUUCAGCACGCCCCACCCGAACUCCUCGCUCAACUCUUACCAGAGGGAACAAAACAGGGCAAUGCCCUUACCUCUAAUGGAGUCAAGGUGCUGAUCUACUCGGAACCGGAUGUAGGGAAUAAGAGUGGAAGGGCACUUUGGUUUGAGGCGGGGAGUGAGAAUGGAGCGUGGAUGAAUGCCGGAAAGAAGAGUGGUAGUGGACCUAGCAAGAAUGGCAAAACAGCAGCGACAGCAGCAGUAGCAGCUCCUCUCUACGAGGUGCUCCCUACAAUGUAUACUCUCUGGCUCGUUCCCAACCUCCUCCCCGUCCUCCCCACCUGGGAGCAAGUCAUCAACCCAGCCCUCCUAGGCGGAUCCGCACUCAUGGUUCCCGGGCUAAUCCCACCGCCCAAUACCUACGCUACUUCUUCUGCCCACCCUGACCUUCCGCGAAAGAAUGCACUAGUGUCUAUUGUUGCCCAUCCGGGGAACGUGCCACAGGUGCUGGCUAGAAUGGAGAUGGAGAUGGUCGAGGUGAUUAGGUUGAGGGAACAGGGAGGGAAGGGAAAGGCGGCAGUGGUGCUUCAUGCUUACAAGGAUGGACUUUGGAGUUUGGGGAGGGAGGAGGAGGGUAUGGGAACACUACCGGAGAGUGUGCAGCUGCUGGAAGCUACACAGGACAAUGGCAAUGGAGAUGAGCAGGGAGAAGAGACGCUCAUCGGAGCCAUGACGGCCGCGAAUCUCAACGAUCAGGACGGAGUCCCUCGAGACGACAACGGCACCAGCGAUCAAGGCGUCUCAGCAUCUACGGUCCCAAGCCCCGACACUUUCACUACCUCCGAAAUCGACGCCAUCCUUUACCUCGCCUUCCUCUCGGCGAUUCAAGACGCUGCUGCCUCCUCACAGGACUCCACCCUCCUCCCCAUGUCCGCCUCGGCCUUUUACUCCUCGCACGUCCUGCCCCAUCGACCCAGCCACUGGCCUCCCCGUCCAACCAAGGGAAAGCGGGCAAAGAGGAACAAGACGACCAAGGGACCGCCUGGAUCUUUUGGAGGGAGCGGCAGCAGUAGCGUUCUUCCAGGUGCCGAAGAAGAGGAGCGACAGCUCAAUACGGAUCAAGUGGUAGUGGGGCGCAGCUCGGCGAAGAAAUUUGGCAAGUGGCUGAAGAUGAUGGAGAAAGAGCGUGGUUUGAUCAAGAUGAAAGAGAGUAGAGGGGAGACGAGCAUCGUCGAGCUUCUAGUGGGGCAUCAGGACGUACAGGGCCUGACACCUUACCAGACGCUGGCGGAAUGGCAGGCCAUGCAGGGCGCAUCAGGCGAUGGUGACACUUCCGGCGGUACGGUUGGGGCUACCGCAGCGAGCGAAGCCUCCGCUGGCACUUCUUCUUCCACUCCUGGGACGUCUCUACACGUAGAGCACUUCUACACUCCCUCCUCGGCCGGUCGAGCCCUCUUUGAAGAGCUAGGGCUAGUCACUGCCACCGGAGGGGGAGCAGGAGCAGGAGCAGGCCGAGGACCACAAGACUUGCACACACCGGCUGUGGUGCGCAAGAGGUUCACAGAGUACAUGAGUGCACACGUCUCCCCUCUGCCGAAGAACCAGGCAAUGGUGCUGCCGGACGAGACGCUUUGUGGGCAUCUGGAGUUGAAGUCUGCCAGUGCAAGUCAGUCUGUCGCAGGCAAGGGAGCUGGCCCCCGCUCCCAGCCGCAGCCGCAGCCACGCAAGAGGGAGGAGCUACACCGUCUCUUCAUCGAACAGUGCACCGUGUCGUGGCAUCGUAUCUCGCGCUUGACUCCAGCGAGUAUAGAAGUCCUCUCCUCUUCUUCCUCCCCUUCUUUUGGCUCAGACGUCUCCACCUCGAGCCUGAGACUCGCAUCUGGGGAGCACCUAGGCAAGGUAGUCAAGGGUGCUCCACCCCAAUUCGCACCUACUUCUUCUUCUUCUACCACCCCCUCCAAAGGCGGAGGAGUCAUAACAAUCAAGAUUCGCAAACGUCAAGGCAACAAGGUCGUCUCCCUCCUGAGCGGGCUCGAAACCGCCUACAUACAUCCAGAGCGCUUUGCAGGAGAGGUGAUGCGUCAAUUUGGAACGAGCACUAGUGUCGGUCCACUGGUGGGCGCGCCGAGCGGGAGCGCUAGAGCCGGAGUCGGAGCUGGAGCUGGAGGGGGAGGGGGAGGGGGUUUGAAGGAAGUACUCGUGCAGGGUGAUUUGAGAAAGGGACUGCUGGAGAAGUUGGAGAGGGAGAAUGGAGUGCCGAGGGGAUUGGUGAUGAUUGAUGAGAAGGGCAAGUAGCUGGGAGAAGGGGGUGCGGGUGAAGAGCGGGAGGGGUGGAGGUGGAGAAGAAGAAAGAGGGGAAGUCGUGAUACCACUUGCCGCUCAGA